AUGAAGAAAUAUUCAUGUUUAUUGGAGGGAACCACGUUUUCUGAUCGAAAUUCGGGGUUUGUAUUUACUAGUGAAUCGCCUGGUCCUUCUGAGAGCUUUAGUACAGAAUUACUCGCACAAUCUGCUUUGGAUAAAUACUCUGAUCAAAGUGAUUAUUCUUUUUCAGAUGACAGUAAUCAGUAUUCAUCACUUCUAAGUCAUGAGACACAUUUUAGUUGUCAAAUACCCUGUGAUACACAGCAAAGAACGAUUCGAGAUAGUGAUGAUCACAAAUCAAAGCUUAUAACACGGAAGGAAUGUUCUGGAGUUAGUAAUGUACUAUUAUCUCGUUGUCCAAGCUCACGUUCUAACUUGGCUAGAAAUCGUUUUGAAAGGACAGCAUCACUGAAACGUACUCCAGUAUUUUAUGAAAAAAACACAGAUGACAGUGAAAAACGAAGAUCUGGGUCCUGUAACUUUGUGUCUGAUGGGAAAGGCCGUAAUAUUCUUUCUAGGCGGUAUGAGUGUCUAUGUUCCAUCUGUUUCAUUUCUCGUAUAUCAAAACCCGAAAAAUGUAAGACCAGAAGCACAAGGAAACAAAACAAAACUGUGUUAGACACAGAUGACCAUACUGUUAAUCUAAGAAGAAAAGUAUCAACCAAGCAAUUUACUACUACCGAUAGUACUAGUAAUGAACAAACAUAUAAUCGAUCAUCAUCUAAAGUUUCACCUCAUAGUGGGGGUUCACCUACCUCAGAUUUGUAUGAUAUAACAGAAUGCUUGAUCAGUGAAUGUGUUCGAGAUCAUUUAUUGAUCAAACCUGUGAUCUCUAAAAACGACCAUAACGUAACUAUAAGCUCAAAAAGUGAUGUGGUGAAUAACGCUAAAUGUCUACACAAUUCGAAUGAUAAACUGUCGGCAUGGGGAUGUUGGUUGUUAGAGAAAGAAAAACAAAGACGAGAACAAAAAAGAGAGUCAAAAAAGAAACAGAUUGAAGAAAUUCAAAAGAGGAAUCAGUUAUUGGUGCAAAAAAUAAAUCGUAGAAGGUUAGUUGAACAAAAAUGUAAAGAAUGGACUGAAGCAAAACAAAAAGAAAGAAUACAAAUUAAAAAACUUCGAGAGAUAGAGAAGAAAAAUGAAGAAUCAAAAAAAUUACAAGAAUUACUUGAACACGUAAGUUAUAGCUUUUACUCAUCCUUUUUAACAUAUAGAUUCAAAAUGCUGACUAGUGAUCUUGUUAAUACUGUCUUUGAACAGGAAUAUAUUUUGCUUCAUCAACUAAUUAUUAUCUUAGUGAUUUUGGAUUAACAAUUUAAUGAAAUUGAUAUAUGUAUGAAGUAUAUUAAAUAAUUCUGUGAGUUAACUGUACAGACUUUUAAUCCAGUCUGUAUUUUUGUAAAACAAGUGCAAGUUAUUCGCGUUUCAUUCUUCAGUACUGGACCGAUCAAUUAUAAAACGUGAUCUUUUGAUAUAUAUGUUAGGAAUAUACCACUUUAUACUAUAAUUCAUACACAUAACCUGAAGUAGGAUGUACUUUGAUCAACGAAGACAGAACAGAAGCAACUACCCACCAGUGAUAUUGGAUAUAGACCACAUUUUAUUGUAAAUUGACUUAGUUUGAUUUUUAUUUAAUGAUGCUUUACCUGUGAAGAGAUCUGAACGUCGUAGGUCUAACUAUGUAUAUAUUUGUAGGUAACUCGGCCUGUAGCUCUCCAAGAUAUACUGCCGUUCUCAAGCCCGGGUAAAAGAGGAGAGUUGGGCAUGGGGUCGGCAACCUCAUCCCGUAGAAGAAAAUCUUGCCAAGAAACGCCAACCAGAUUAAACAAAUUUAACCAUUUAAACUCUGCCCUGGGAGUUGAAGGGAAAAUCAUGACGCCUCAGGAGGAAGGCCGAGAUUCUUCGGAAGUUACGAGACUGAUGCCACUUCUAACAACCAGAGUAACAAUUAAUAUAGGCACAUGAAAUAUCCUGACACUGUGGGAGACCGAGAGGACCAAUCAAAUAGUUACGGAAAUGAGCAGUUACAAUUUGGCAGUGCUCUGAGUCAGUGAAGUCCACUGGACCAAAGUUGGAUAGAAAAGGAUAGGUUCGGGAGAGAUGCUGCUGUACUCUGGUCACGAAGAAGAACAUGCUCCACACACUCAGGGAGUUACUCUGAUGAUGUACAAAGAAGCAUGUAGUGCACUCAUAAGAUGGAAAUCUCAUAGAUUCAGGAUAAUCAAAGCAGCCUUCAAAACAAAGAAUGAGAAAAUCACAAUGAAUGUCAUCCUGUGUUAUGCACCCACCAAUGAUAGCGAUGACGACGAUAAAGACCAGUUUUAUGAGAGGCUGUAAUCAAUCAUAACGAAGUGCUAAGGAAAGGCCCUGACCGUCCUGAUGAGAGAUUCAAACUCAAAAGUCGGAAUGGACAAUAUCAAGUAUAGAGAUUUCAUGGGACGACAUGGCCCGGGAGAAAGGAACGAGAUUGGUGACAGAUUUGCAAAUUUAUGUGCAUUCAACAAAUUGAUUAUAGGCGGCAGAAUAUUACCCUACAAACUUGCACAAAGCUAUAUGAGUCUGACCGAAUUACAGUACGAAGGACCAGAUUGUCCAUAUUUGCAUCAACAAGAAAUUUAGGAGGUCAAUGGAAGAAGCGAGAACCAAGGGAGGAGCUGACAUGACUCCAGAUCACCACCUGGUGAUUGCCAAGAUGAAACUGAAGCUAAAGAAACGCUGGACAACUAGCAAAACAGCAUUGCAAAGGUUCAAUACAGCCUUCCUU